CAGUUGGUGCGGCCAUUGCCCACGGCAUAGGCCUCCCCGGCCCUCCAGAUCGAAGUGGUAUCGCGUCCAUCUAGCAGCCUGGAAACGAUUUCCCCAUGAAAUUCUUCGACUCGCUCCGAGACUGGUAUGGCACUGCGGUACACCUGUCGCCGCAGGAUCCUGGUCGGCUGCAACCCUGCAACAGAGGCAUCCGAGAACGCAUGCCUGGUUCAAAGUCCUGGACACAGCAGGACAGCAUCAUCCAUCUUACAGGCGUCGACCUGGCCCAUUGGCCAACAGAACUGCUCAAGACCAGCGUCAUCCACAUGGCCAAAACCCUCGACGAGAUGGAGGCUGAGAUUGCGGCCUUUGAAAAAUGCCGCUACCUGGCAAACCAGACGAUACCGGCUCCUCGCAUCGUCUGGGAAUACAUGCCCCAACCUGGCCCAGCCGCAGACUUGACGGCUCAAAAGGAACGUUUCAAAAACUUUAUUGCCCGUCACGUUGAAGUCGUUUGCAUCAAAUGGGAGGAUCUCGUCAAGUUUUUCCCGAGAGGCGACGGUCUCCCCCAAACGCAAGAGGCGGCAUUGCCCGAUUUUGCGACGGCUGCGACGGAGAUGCACGCCGACGCUUUGACGGAAUCUCGCACCACUAUGGUUGUCUCCUGCGGCCAGCACGGUUACUUGUACUAUGGCAUGGAGGAUGUCUCUCGAUGGUAUCCACCCUACCAUGAACCGGCCGACGUGGUGGAUGCAAAGUACUCCUUCAGCGCGUUUGUUGGGGGGUUUAGUGUUGCCUAUGCAGCCGAAAGGGGUGUCGUCGCCGGCAUGAUCUGUGGCAUCGUGGCCGAGAGCUUCUGCUUGGAACAAUGCGGCCUUCCCGAUAUCCGUCCAAGCGUAUUGGAAAGACGCAAGAAGAAGCUCCGCGUCAACGGGAGAGACGCCGGCUGGCGGGCCAAGGAAUACAUCGACUUUCGCAAGGUAGAUAAUCCGGUGUAUCUUCUAGCACUCUUUUACAGCAUAGACCCUGAGUCACUCGAUCCCCAGGGUACCCUCACCUGAUGGAAAUCGUGAACAGUGGGACGCUGGAGUGAGAAGCAUCAUAUCGGUAGCUUAAGCGGGCGGAUCAGCGUUGUGGGAAUCAGCAUGGACUA